AUGUCUUUCGCCUGCCCCCUCUGCAACGAUGAGUUCUCCGACCGCACGAGCCUGAACGAGCACACUGACGCGACAGGCCACUACCACCGAUGCGAGACCUGCUGGUCGCGCUUCCUGGACGAUAUGAGCCUAAACGAGCACGCGGAGGCCACUGGGCAUGGACUGCCGCCGCGCUACGAGUGCGAGACGUGCGAUGAGAUGUUUGCUUCUCCAAUCGAGGUGCAGGAGCAUAUGACAGCCAAACGCCACCACGCCUCCCAGACAGCAAAUAGGCUGAAGCGGCAACGUGACCGGCAGCGGCGGCAGGAAAAGCGGUUGGCAGCUCGGGAUGCUUGGAAGAAGAAGGAGGAGAGCACGUGGUCGUUGCCGCUGCGCCCACGGGAUCAGGGCAGGUGA